AUGUGUCAAGUUAUGUUAUAUAACAUAUGUCAUGUUAUGUUAUAUUUAACAAUUAUUCUUUGAAAUCGAGGUGAAUAGUGGCAAAAUAUUUACCGAGCCGCGAAAGCGGCGAGGUAAAUAUUCCCAAAGCCACUAUUCACCGAGAUUGAGAAGAAUAAUUGUUUUAGUAUAUACACGAAGUGAUCUCAACAAAAUCAGAAAGGAAACCAUUCAAAAGUAGGAUUUGAUUGACAGAUCAAAUCACGCGUAAGUUUAAAAAUAGAUCUUUGCAGAAUUUUCAAACAUGGCAAUUCACAAGUUUACUCAUUUCGCAAACAACAGCGUAAUGGCUUCAAUGGAAUCGCUAAAAGUUUGAACUGUUUCCUUACCUGAGAAAAAAAGUAGAGCUGUGUUGUUUUCUGUUGACUCGCCAAGUUUAUAGCCAAAAGGGCAUGUUGUGUCGUUCUUCGCAUGAAGUGCUGACAAAAAUGGCGGCUCGGUUGCUCGAGGUAAGAGGUCGUCUUCCUGUAUCAUUCUUUUUCCUGUUUACUUGAAAUGUAGAAUUUCUGCAAACAUUUCCUUUUAAAUUUGUUUGUCAUAAAUAAACUUCGAUUUUUGAGCCAAAAUUUUCUUCUUAGAAAACGCUGAGUUCACGAAACGGCUUCUUCUACGCGAAUACACGGGAGUUGUAAACAAUCCAUCGAGCACAAAACUCCUGCUACAGUAAAUUGAAAAACGCCGUAUUGAAUCCUUCCAAGUCUUUUCUUGCCUUAAAAAAAGUCAGCCCUAGGAUUUUGUCGACUUUUAAAAGAUCGUUCUCUAAAAAAAACGGGAAAAACACCGAGCUCACACAUUAUCCACUCGCUAGGUGGCUAGGAGGUGAAUAUUGUUGAAUAGUCCGAGAUAGCGAACCAAUCAGAUUGCUUAAAUCACCAAGAUCACUGAGUGUGUAUAUACUAAUAUGACAUGUUAUAUGACAUAUGUUCAGAACAGAACAGAACAUGUUAUAUAACAUAUGUCAUGUUAUGUUAUAUGACAUAUGUUGAGAACAGAACAGAAUAUGUUAUAUAACAUGUGUCAGGUUAUGUUAUAUAACAUGUGUCAUGUUAUGUUAUAUAACAUGUGUCAUGUUAUGUUAUAUACCAUUAUGUCAUGUUAUGUUAUAUAACAUAUGUUAUAUUUAACACAUAUUUAAUUCCACGAGGGCGCGUUGGAUAUGAGAUAAUAGAUAGCCAACGAGGCGCAUAGCGCCGAGUUGGCUAUAAUCAUUUCAUAUCCAACAAGCCCGAGUGUAAUGCAAUUCUAGCAUUUUGGUUGGCUUAGCCAUUAUGGUAUAUGAGCCAUUAUACCAUGCUCUCCAUAUAUGGUCGGUGUGUGCGUCAGUUUAAAAUUGGAAGCUAGCUGAGAUUUUUUUUCGCGAAGGAUAGAACCGAAGCAAAUCGUUUUAAUUCAUUUCUUAGAAUACUAGAAAUGCAAUUUCAUCGAAAGAAAAAAGACAAAAACAAACAAAAAAGCCACAAGAGCUUGCUUGAAAGUCUAAAUUACCUUGACCAGCUACGAAAGAAGACAAAUGUUGUUUCUUCAUGAUCGCGAAGCCAUUCGCCGAUCGAGUCACUCGCCGAUAGAUAACUGUGGCUUCAGUCUGUGGCUUGUUUAUCCGACAUCAAGAAUAUAAAUCACAAGUAACCAGCUACAAAUACAGGCUAUGCAGCCAUUCACUAGAGCAAUCGAGGCGGUAGUAUAGCUUCUUUUCUCGUUCAGCAAAACCAGCUUGUGGCUUCAAACAACUUCAUAACAAGCGACCGAGGUAAUAGUUUUUCUCCGUUGUUCUUACUUUUAUAACUGCACCGAAAAUCCAAAUUUACACUAAUUUCGACGGCUGUCACUUAAAAAUUCUUUUCCUUCACGUUAUCUGCCAGGUUUUUUUAGCUGUUCUGCUGGGUAAAAUCCUAGAAUCCCGAUGAGCUUUUUAAAAACUAAUGUUCAUCGCCACAAUGUUUUGAUUUUUCAUUCAUGCAGUCCAGGCGAGUCCGUUCCCGCGUUGACAGUUUUGAUAGACGUGUGACAUGUGAAUAGCGGAAGUCCCUUGUCUUUUCCGGUUUGUUCUAGUCGGGGAGAUUCAACGAGAUUUUGUGGGCGUUUUUAAUAAAACAAUUAUUUCACUCCGGCUUGUUGGAUAUGAGAUGAUUAUAGCCAACUCGGCGCUACGCGCCUCGUUGGCUAUCUAACAUCUCAUAUCCAACGCGCCCUCGUGGAAUAAUUGUUAAAUGUAACAUGUGUCAUGUUAUGUUAUAUAACAUCAGGAGCCCAUCAAAUGGAGCCUCCAUCUCCAUUAAUUUCUUGAGUCAACCCUUUCCCGAGUAGAUUUAUAAAUAGAACGGCUUGUUUCCCGCGAAAAGUGUCAUAUUUCCGUGAGUUUCGUAUGUCACCGUGAAAAAAAUGAAGUUGGAUGAAGUCGAACUCAUUAGCCCGUCCUUCGACCGUUUUCCUUUUUUACUAUACGUCCAUUUUUACAAUUUUA